AGGCAGAGAAAAGGAGGAGGGAAGGGUGAGGCCAGGAGCCAAGCAAACUCAUCUCAAUUGCUUUUUUCCCUCUGCAAGAUGCAAGCAGUGGCUCCAAUAUCUAGGAACCUUUCCCCCUUUUCCAGUUUCUGAAUUUGCAGGUUAUUCUGGAUGUCUUUUCCCUCCACUAUGAUCCUGCUAGUCUCAUUCUUAUGCUUUGGAUUUUCGGUCAUUUCUGGGCAGCAGGAUCCUGAAUUCUUGGCCAAGGAAUUGCAAGAGGCUGAGAUUACGGAUUACAACCUCAUUGACAAUGUUGUACGCAGAGUUCCAAGACAGAGUCGGGUUCUGCAGAGAUUGGAGACCAGGCCCCGGAUGUCGGAGUUCUCCGUCCGAGCCACUAUCAUCUCUCGCUAUGCAUUUACCACCGUCUCUUGCACUUUGGUGAACAGCGGCUCAGAGGCCCGGGAAGGGGUCUUCGAGAUGCAGAUACCCAUCACGGCUUUCAUCUCCAAUUUUACCAUGGUUAUUGGCGAUAGGGUUUAUCAUGGGGACGUUGUUGGGAAAGAGCGGAGGCCUCUUGAACUUGGAAGAAAAGACAGAUAUUCAAGACCCACAGAAGAAAGGGAAAAUGGAGUCGAGGUAUUCCGAGCCUCUGGGAUGAUUCCCAGGAAAGCAGAAGCCAUCUUCCUCCUGUAUUAUGAAGAGCUAUUGCAGAGGCGGUUGGGGAAAUAUCAGUACACUGUCAGCAUCCGCCCUCAGCAGCUGGUGGGGAAGUUACGUGUGGAGGUGAACAUCCUGGAGAACUCGGGGAUCAACUCUCUGGAAGUGCCUCCGCUCCAAAAAAGCAGGAGCAAAAGCGCAGGGGAGGGCCAAGUAGAUGAUGCCUCUCCACCACCUUCAACUGUUGUUGGUCAGACCAAAACUUUGGCCAAAAUCACCUUCAGUCCAACAGUGGUCCAGCAAGCAAAGAUUGCAAGGAAUGGCAUUCUGGGAGAUUUUACCAUCAGAUAUGACGUCAAUCGGGAGCUGAGUGUUGGGGAUGUUCAGGUUUUCAAUGGCUACUUUGUUCACUACUUUGCUCCUAAAGACCUCCCUCCGCUUCCCAAGAACGUUGUCUUUGUCCUUGACAGCAGCGCUUCCAUGGUGGGAACCAAGCUGAGGCAGACCAAAGAUGCCCUGUUCACGAUUCUCCAGGAUCUCAGACCUGAGGAUCACUUCAACAUCAUUGGCUUCUCCAAUCGAAUCAAGGUUUGGCAACAUGACCAACUAGUGCCUGUGACUCCCAACAAUAUUCGAGAUGCAAAGGUCUACAUCCACAACAUGUCGCCUUCUGGAGGCACAAACAUUAACGGGGCCCUCCAAAUCAGCACAAAAAUCCUCAAUGACUACAUUGCCCAGAAUGACAUUGAGGCACGAAGCGUCUCUCUGAUUAUCUUCCUGACCGAUGGGCGGCCCACGUUUGGGGAAAUAGAACCAGCCAAGAUCAUCAACAACACCAAGGAGGCCAUCCGCAACAAGUUCUGCCUCUUUACCAUUGGCAUCGGCAACGACGUGGACUACAAAUUGCUGGAGAGGUUGGCGCUGGAGAACUGUGGGAUGAUGCGACGUGUACGUGAAGAAGAGGAUGCCGCGGAACAACUGAAAGGAUUCUACUAUGAAAUCGACACGCCUCUUCUUUCUGACAUCCGGGUAGAUUAUCCAACUGACAACGUAGCUCAGGUCACUCAGAACCUCUUUCCCAACUACUUCAAUGGGUCUGAAAUUGUCAUUGCUGGAAAACUCUUCAACAAAACAGCCAACAGAUUACAUGUAGAAGUGACAGCCAGCAAUAGCGACAAGUACGUCCUUCUGAAAACUGACAUAGCCAUUGAUCUCUCUGGCAAGAACCAUAUUGGCGGAGCUUCCAAUGUUGGAGGCUCCACCAAUGGUCAGAACUAUGUGGAACGGACUUGGAGCUACCUCACCAUCAAGGAGCUAUUGGCAUCCUGGUUGAAGAGUGACAGCAAUGAGGAGAAGGAAUCUCUGAGAGAGAAAGCCAAGGAGCUGGCCCUCAUGUACCACUUCGUCACUCCUUUCACAACCUUGAAAAUGAAGGAGCUUGCCCUUCAGGCAGAGCUGCCAAAGGAGGUCUAUGUUGGCCCACUGAUGGAAAGUGUUGGAGAAAUCGUACAGGGACUGCAAGGUCACCGAGCACCAUCUGCUUUGGACUCUGUCUCUGGAAAACCAGCAAAGCAAAAAGUUAAGGUCACAAAAACAUCAGCGGAUGGUGACCCCCAUUUUGUUGUCGAUUUCCCUUUGAGCAAGCUGGCGGUCUGCUUCAACAUCGAUGGGGAGCCAGGCGAUAUCCUUAGACUGGUUUCUGAUCAUAAGAAUUCUGGUGUGACCGUGAAUGGCCAGUUAAUAGGUGCUCCUGCCCCGCGCAAUGGCCAUAAGAAGCACAGAACCUACUUCAGGAGCAUCACAAUUCUCAGUAGCAAACCAGAGAGAGCCUACCUGGAGGUCACGCCCACAAAGCUUAUUUUGGAUGAUGGGAAGAGACUCGUCUUGUCUUGUGACCGCACUGCUAUGGUGGCCAGCAAGAACCUUGAGGUCUCCAUCUUUGCCCGUUCCAACGUCACCGUGGUCCUCCGGGGCACCAUUGGUUUUGUCAUUCUGAUCCACCAUUACAAGAAUCCUGCCCCGUACCAGAAGGAUCAUUUGGGAUUCUACGUCUCCAGCAGCAAAGGCCUUUCUGCAAACUCCCACGGCCUGAUUGGUCAGUUCUUACACCAAGACGUUAAACUUACCCAAGACCCAUUAGGACCAAGUCCUUUUAUGGGCAGCUGGAACCAGACCAAAGGUGUGGAUGUGAAUUCUGGGAGUACAUUAUUAAAACUGAAAGGGCGUUUGGUUCCUGUUGUAUGGAAACAGCGGAAGAUCUACAACGGUGAACAGGAAGUGGACUGCUGGUUUGCCAAGAAUAAUGCGGAGAAACUGAUAGAUGGAUGCUACAAGGAUUACUUGGCCUCUCACCCUUUUGACACAGGGACUGGCUUCUUGACGGAGAACAAACUCUGAAGAGAAAGAAUCCUAUUGGUUUUGAAGUCAUUCUCAGAGAGAUUCUUGCACUUUGACUGUUAAACACCAAAGAAAACAUUUUUUAAAAUCAGAAUUCAGUUCAUAGCAGUCCAUUCUGUGAGUACUAGGAAGGACACUUUCAACAAGUGACUCCAAUAAGGUCUAAUGUUAGGUUAAAACACAUCUGCACAGACACAUAGUCUUUUUCAAUAAAUGAUUUAUUUUAG